AUGGCUACUCCUCGCAUUACCCUCUACUUUGACAUUGGAAGCCCUUUCAGCCAAAUUGGGUUCCAUGUUCUCAGGAACUCCCCCAUCUUCACCAAAUGCCAGAUCGACUACGUGCCGGUUCUGCUUCGUGACUUAUUCCAAAAAUGCAACAAUACUCCACCAAUUGCAGUGAAAAACAAGCUACAGUGGAUUCAACGUGAGCGUCUGUAUUGGGGUCAUCGAUUUGGGGUUCCUAUAACCGCUGCCGUGCCCGAGGGAUUUCCCGCCUCGACGAUAGACAUCCAGACAACACUGUGCGCCCUUGCCAAAGAGGCCCCCGAGAAAUUUGUUUCUAUCAUCGAAAAGUUCUAUUAUGUUUUCUGGGCUGAGGCGGACACUAAAAUAGCCUCACCUGAACGAUUCUUCGCCGUUCUUGAGAAUGAGCUAGGCCAGGAGCUUACGAAGAAAAUCCAGGACACGUUGGUGACCUCGGAUGUGAAAGCUGCCUUGCUCGAAAACACUCAGCGAGCCUUUGAUGCUGGAGCCUUUGGACUGCCGUGGUUCGAAUGUGUCAACACCGAAGGGAUUCAAGAAGGGUUUUGGGGGAUUGACCACCUGGGUCGUCUGGCAGAUUUUCUACAGUUGGAUACCAGUCUUGACCAGUCUUUUCGCGUUUUGCUGUAA